UAUUAUCGAAGACUGCCAGAGUCAAAUAUAUUUAGAGAGUCCUAUAAAUUCAGACUGGAGUCUAAUUAUUCAUGGAAGUUUUGUACAAAAAAUGAGACUUAGAACGAGUAAAUAUACCUGUGUUCAUAGCCGGUUUUGUUUCUCGAUGUAGGACCUACUAUAUUCAAACACUAACAAUGCCAUCACAAAGUGUGUAGUACAGAAAUUCUACAUGUCACAACUUCUAAAGACGAUGACUUUGAACCCUCCAGAUGUCAGUCAAGCUGUUUUGCUAAGCAAGUUAAAUGCAGAAGUUGACCCAGUCAAAAGAAAUACAGAUUUGUUGGUCAGACGAACACAAACAGCUGCACUACGGGAGCUCUGGAAGACUUUAAAAUCUCAGGGCAGAAUAAUCCAAUCUCGUUUUGAUGAGCCCAGUAAGCUUAGAGAUGGUUUCCAACAGAGACAAUUUCAUAGAAAAAGAAAUAACUUUUCUGAAUCGAGGCAAGGAAAAGACACUUUUGAUGGAAAGGCUCAGCGUUCUUGUAAAAGUGCUCCAGCGUCCAUAGCUCACCAAAACAUUGAGCUCACAUUGUUUCCUGGGGGGAAAGAGAGACCCAAUACUGGGAGAGAGUCCAGGUACACUCGCAGUUCCGACUUUCGGCAGUCGUUUUUUGUACCAAAUCCUCCACCUGUCUGCAUCACUAAGGGCACUCAUCAAGUGAAAGAAUCAAGUCUUUGGGAAAAUGAAGUGCGCAAAAGAGUGCCGGAUCGUCCGAAAUUCUCUGUGCCUGUUUAUAUUAGUUGUGCAGAAUUGAAGCUUCCCACAUGUGAUGGAAUACAGACGACUCCUUCUUCCUUCUUUAGACAUAUUGACACAAAGACAUCAAAACCUUCCAAAGAAUAUGACGUGGAUCCGGAAUGGUCAUUGUGUACAAGUUUUCAUUCACUGAGUCUGAUUGUCUAAAUAACUGAUAGUGUAAACAUUAAUAGAACGACAUUCUCUGCUUGUAUAUCAUUUUUAAAAACCAGUAUUUUUGACUAAAGCUAUAUCUAUAGUCUGCUCUAACUUUCAUGCUUUCUCGGGUGUCGUUAGCAUACUUUCACAAAGCUUAUAUCAGCUCACCCUGUCUGCAUGGCCCUUAUUCGAGAUACCAAACAAAACAAUUAUUUACCAAUAGUUAAUUAACUAGUUGGUUAGUUUUUAAAAAUUGAUUCUUGUGUUGUCAGGUACAAGAAAUAAUUGUGAAAAUGUCAGCUUGAUCCGAGAUUGGGUGUUGGAGAAAUAACGUGUACCAACUUUUUACCAGGCAGAGUGAGUUGAUAUAAGCUAUUUAAAAAUUAAAUUCAUAAGUACCCAGAAUGCAAUGUUUCCUAGCGUAGCAAUAAACUCACACAUUACACUUAAUGCUGAUUUUAAGAUUAUUAUGAAACUAGUUAAUGUUCUUCCAAUGAAUGUCUAGUAUUUGACUAACCUAGUUUAUUUACGACUUACCAACAAAACCUAUUGUCUGUACAAUGGGAGUAUGUCAUUAUCAGAACAGAUAUUUAAAAAUUGUUCAAAUUGUAGUUCCUCAAAUUAUAUAACUUAAAAGAUAGUCAUAUUACUAAAUUGUUUCGAGUGGCAAUAGUGGCAACGCUGAUAUUGUCAAUUGUAGUCAAACUGAAUUUCCAUUUGAUUAGAUCAAUAAAAUUAUCUAAUCUUAUCUUAAUAGUAGUCUUUGUAAACAGUUUACAUUCGUGUACACCAGCAUUAGCAAUGAAAUAGACACAGUUCAUUAUGUACAUUGGCAGCAUAGACUGAACAAUUCACCUUGUAGAAAUCAAAAAG